CGGCGACAGCUCGUUUAAUCAUUGACCCAGCGAUGGACAUACCCUAUCGCCUCCUCUCCUGGGACGAUAAACUGCUGCUCCCCCACGACCGAUGGAACAUGAGGCUCUACCGCGACGAAGGGAGUAUCUCAGGGGAUAUUGUCAUCUUGCCUCCCAACAUACCACCAUCAUCCGGCAUUUCGGUUCCUCGAGCGCAACGGAAGAGGGCGUACUUGAAGAUAGAGGCAAAGACAGGACCUGUCACGACAAAGAUGCAUAAUCUUUACGACGAAACUCCCUAUAAGCUAGAAGUAUAUGCAUACGGUGACAUUAAGCUGUAUAUUCCACCAUCGUUCCGAGGUUUGUUGAGGCUCACUGCUCCGAGUCCUACGGCCCAACAACCUCAAGUGAUCCUCUGCGACGAGCUGAAGGGUGUGAGCACCCCUACUGGAGAUAGCUGGUGGAGUAGAGAGCGAGGUUGGUACGUUGGCUCGACUAGCGACGUUUUAAACAAAAUCGAGGAGGGAGACGAAGUUGUAGCCUAUACAAAGACGGGCAAGAUUAACAUAUACUACGUCGAGGAUCUCUCACUUGAGACUGAUUGAUCCCAGCACAAGGAUAAAUGUACUUCUCGGGACAUAUAAUGUUGCAUUUUCAUCUUCACGGCG